AGUAAACUAACUUCCUGCUAAAGACGCAAAAAUCUGAACCGAAACGUAUCUUAAAACUUUAAUAUCUCAGAAUUAUAGAUUUUCAUAAUAAUUACUGCAUAUAAAAGUUCAAAUUACUAACAGUUAAUUGUGGAUGAUUGACUUUCACUUUUUUACUGUCUAAUUUGCAUGAAAAUCAACAAAAUAAUUUUGCAUCUACAGUACUAGGCCUGUCAGUAGCCAAAUUAUAUCAAUUUGUUGACAGCCUUAAAACUUUAUUUUCAAUUAUCUGUGGUGCAUGUUGUGUUUUUCUUUUUUUGCUGACCAUCGUCAAACAGUUAAUAUAAGAAAUUAAAGAAAUCUAAAAUAGAUAGGAAAUGUAUUUCGCAUCAAAGUAUGUUUAUGACAACACUGUUGAAGAAUAUGAAGAUGUUUCAGAUGAUGAAUAUAAUGAAGGUUUAGAUGUCAGUGAUGAGUCAGAUGAUGAUGAACGGGACACUCCUGCUGCCCCUCCUAGACCAAGAGUAAAACCUCAGAAGAAAAGACAUCAUUGGCAGUUACAGAAAGAAAGCAUGAAAAAAGAGGCCAAACCUUGUCCUCCGUUACCUGCUAAUAAAACCGAUUCGAGUCAACCACCAAAACAACCAAGUGAAGGAAAAAGACGUUUUAGAAAAGCUGAUACUAAUGUGGUAUCAGUAACAUUAAAUACAUUAAAAGAUGCAAGCAAUAUGCACGCUGGUGAUGCUGUGAAAUGUGGAGGUACUGGAUGUAAAGCUAUAAUGUCACAUUUAAGUAAACUGUCUGCUGGGAUGUCUGGUAAGGUGUGGGUAUGUGAUUUUUGUGGAUGUAAUAAUGAAGUUGACGUAGAAGAUGGUGAGAUACCGGCUGUAGAAGAUGUGACAUUUUUAAUAGAGGCUGGUUUAUCAACAGAAGCUGCUGGUCCAUCAGGUCAAGAUGAAUCUAUUGUUGUAUUUUGUAUUGAUGUAUCUGGAAGUAUGUGUGUUACUACUGAGGUACCUGGCCAUGUGAAUUUUAGAAGAUCUGCCAACAUGGAUGCUUUGGGAAGAUUUAAUAGAGGCGGAGAGGACCAAUAUCUACCUCAUCAAAAUCGUAAUGUUACAAAUGUAUCUCGACUACAAGCAAUGCAAGCUGCUGUUGAUAAACAAUUAGAGGAUUUAAUCAAAGAUCACCCUAACAGACGAGUUGCAAUAAUAGCUUUUAAUAAUGAGUUGUUAGUGAUGGGUGAUGGUUCAACCACAGAUCAGACUAUUGCUGGUAGUAAAUUAGAUAAAUUAGAGGAAUUAGAGAAACUUGGUGCGGAACUAACUUUACCUAGACCAAUAAAAACUACCAAACAGAUUUUAUCUAAUAAAGUCUUUGGGCUAGAAGAAGGGGGAGCAACAGCCCUGGGACCAUCUUUAGUUGUUGCAUUGGGUUUAGCUUCAAGAUAUUCAGGUUCUAAGAUCAUUCUAUGUACAGAUGGUCUGGCUAAUGUUGGCCUUGGACGACUGGAUGAGAGUUCUACAGAUGAUUCAGUUUUGUUUUAUGAACAAAUGGGAGAAAAGGCUGUGGAGAAUGGUGUAUCAAUAUCAGUGAUUACCAUAAAAGGAGCAGAAAGUAGAUUGGUACAACUGGGAAAAUUAGCAGAUUUAACAAGUGGACAGGUAAACCAUGUUGAUCCCUUAAAAUUAACUGAAGAAUUCAGUAAUAUUCUGGCUGAUAGAAUUAUUGCUACAAAUGUUACAGCUACAUUUAUUCUGCAUAAAAACUUAGUAUUUUUCGAUGAGGACACAGAAGAAAAUAUAAUUGUUAAAAAUAUUGGAAAUGCAAAAAUGGAUACAGAAAUAACAUUUAAAUAUGGUAAAAAAGCAUCAACUUCAGCGAGUUCAGCUCCUUCAAAGUAUGAUGUAGAGCAAGCAGCUGGAUCAUCAACGUCGAUGACAAGAGAGGCAUGUCCUGCAAGUGGAGUUCAAGAAGACAGUCAACCAAACUCACAGAAAUUACUUACAAACCCGUCUGCCUGUUUAACAUCUGACACUGCUCCAACUGAAUUACCAUUCCAGCUUCAACUAGAAUACACAGAUACAGACGGAAUGAAGGCUUUGAGAGUUCUUACACAAAAGAGACCAGUUACACAGAGUAGAAAUCUUGCUGAACAACAUUUAAAUUUGGAAGUAUUAGGACCAUAUACAGCUAAAACUUGUGCUAAUUUAGCUUUGAAGGGACAGUAUACACAAUCACGUGGAGUUGCUCUCAUGAAUCAGAGAUUAGCUUGGAGAAAUACAAGAGACAAUGAGAAAAGUGGCGAAAGAAAGAUAUAUAAUAAAAUGUUUGGUAAGAUCAGAUCCGUAGAUCAUCAUGUUAAUCAUAGACAACAGGCGGAGCGGUCAAGAUUUGGUCGUUCAUAUAGCGAUGAUGAGGAAGAAGAUGAAGACAGGUCACUUAAAGCAAGUAAAAAAGAAAGUUGUCCAGCCCCUUCCAUGAUGAAGAAGGAAAGUUGUCUAGUUCCUGUUAAGGGAAUGGCAAAGGCAAGGAAGAGAACAGAAGAAUAUCCGGAUGACAUGGCUAAUGAUAUGUACAAUAUGAAACAUAUGAGUCGUGAUGAUCUUAUGAAAUAAGUGAAAAUAGUAAAAGAAUCGCACAAAAAUAAUAUUGUAUUUAUUAGCAUAGCAAUCAACUAUAAAUGUAUCAAUAGGGCAAGAUGAGGAAAUUGGGCACUAUCCCGAACAAUCUAUUAUGUUUAAUCUCUUGCAGUCCCAACUGAUGUGCAGAUGUGUACUCCACGAUUCUUGUAACAUGGACAUCAAUCUCCCCACUUUUUGGAGUUUGUAGCCAUGCCAUGCUCUUAAGUGUUUGUCCUACUGCUUCAGGAUCUUAGUUCUGAUUUGAACCACAUUUUGUGAUAAAACUUUUAACACUUGUAGAAAUUAGAACUACACAAAGCGCUUCACUAUAAUAUAAUGUUGUUAUUUUAUUAUAUAUUGUUGUUGUGUAAAAGUAUGUAAUACGAAGGUUGUGGUCCCUCUAGAGGUCCCAUUUUUAACAGAUUUUGAAAAAACCUACAUUAUAUCUUUAUAUCCCAAAGAUUUCAGUCCCUUUUGAUAUUUGCACAUUUCACUAACUUUCUGGAUUAUGAUCCCUGAUUAUACGAAAAAUCACUUUGGGUUUUUAGCUUCUUCUCUAUCCAUCUCUUGCAAAAUGUGGGCGUAUCUUGCCUGGCAACUGCUGGUUAGAUGAACAUGUAUAUAUAUAUUGCAAAUUAUAUUGAUUCUUGCUUAAUUUUAUGAUUUUAUAAAUUUUAUAUUUGUACCAUUGUAAAGCACCCCGAUUACAUGUAUAUGUGAAAGGGGGGCUAUAGCAAAUAUUUGUAAUAAAAAAAAAUAAUAACACCGGAAAUAUAUCAAAAUGACCUCACUUGUUUUAUCAUGGAAUUGGCCAAGUUUAAUAUUGAUGCUUGAACAUGAAAAUGAUAUAUUUGCCAAUUCCAAAUUAAUGAGUCUAAGGUGUCAACAAGCAAUUGUUGAUGCUGGACAAAAUAGGCUGACGAUAAUGUAGGGGUAUAAAAAUUGAUAGGGCCAGUGUUUUGAAGUCUAUAACCUGAAAUUUGGUGAAACUUGGUGAAACUUGUUGUUACACUUAUGUUUUACUUGUUGAUGAAUUGCAUUUUAAAAUUUUAAAUGAAUCUGUGCAAAUGGGUUUACUUGUAUCACUUGUAGACCACACUCUCUGCUUCAAAACCAGACUCAUGAUCAAGACAGGUAAGAAAAACCAGGGCAACACCUUGAUUAUGAACUUUCACCACAUUUUAUUCAUAACUUUGUGGGUUGUCCUUAUGAAUAUUUAGUUAGACAUUUUGUCCCAUUUAAAUCACAACCUUUAGGGACUUAGGGAGAGAAAAAAUAAUAUAACUAGACAUGUCUAUAUCAUUGCUGCAUCAGUCAGAGGAAAAAAUAGUAUUACUAGACAUGUCUACAUCAUUGCUGCAUUGUUCAUUGUUUUGAUUAUUAUACGUUGUUUACAAUCUGUAGUAUUCAGUCUAAUAUGUGUUUAUAUUAUUAGUGUGGCUAUAAUUGGACUUGUUAGAUCACAGUGUAGGUUACCCAAAAUGAAAACUGGGUUGAAAUCAAAGGAUAAGUCAUGUAGGUAUACUAAGCUCGAUGUCAGCUAUUUUGAGAAUAAUUGCUGGUUAGUUUGUAGAACAAAUCUGACAUGAAUAUGAUUUGUUCUGUACCUUAGGAUUUAUUGGUAGACCAGAAGUUCAGCAACCCAUAUAUAAGACAAAUUUUCCUCCCUUUUGUAAAAUUUUAAAUAGGCGUGUUUACAAUUAAAAAUUGUUCUAUACUGGUUUUUACUAUUAUUUGUUUAUUUAUACAUUCAUAUUCCAUUUAAUUAUACUCAUUUGUCUAUUUAAUUCAUAUGUCAAAAAAUAUUACUGAUUAUUUUAAUAAUAUAAAUAUGACAUGUUUGUUUUAAUAAUAUUAAUCUAUGACAUGUUUGUUUUAAUAAUAUUAAUAUAUGACAUGUUUAUCCAAUAAAGCUUACUUAAAACUGUAUAUACUUGUAAUCAGUGUCUUAUGUAGACCGGUGUAUGCGUUUGCUCAAUGCGUCCCAACGCUUCCCUACACACACCAAUAAUCUUCUUUCCCCCCAAAACAGUGACAAUACAUUUAGAGGAAAAUACAGUUUAUUGACAUCAAUACUGGAAGGUACACCUAUCUAGGAGACGUAAUUCUAGAUAUAGACGGAGUAUAUUGGAGACGAUUAACUGAAAAUAAAAUAAAAUAUAUUGCUAAUAAAAUAUUACAAAAUAUAUUGUUCAUUAUUAGGCCACUUAACUAAUACCAGAAUAAGUACACACACACCCUAUCUUAAAUUUAUGUUUUCUAUACAUCCUUAUCAGUUCUGCGAACACUACAUUAAUUUUCAUCACCUUUGACCUAAGUUGACAGUAAGAUUCUGUAAGGGUGGUCUAUAUAGUACAUAUAUGUACUAAAAUGGACUCUUCCAAAUUACCAGCUUGCAGACGCAAUGUAAAUGAAUGGUACCUAAUCUUUAUAUUAAAAUAUACACUAAAUAAUUCAAAUUUGAAGAAACAAAGACAACACAUUAUUCUUAGAUUAUCACCUAAUAGUAGCACAUAGAAAUAGCAAAAACCUUUCAUACAAAAUAUGCAAGAAAUAAUUAAUACAAAGAUCCCAAUCAGUGCACUAAAGACAUAACAGCACCGAGCACAAUCACUUGUAAAUGACAGGCAAAACAAUAUUUCUUAGCAUUAACUAUAUGACAUCUUCUUAUAAAACAAUUAUAAUGUACAUACCAAGUUGUCUACUACCAAGGCUCAAAAACAAGUUUAUAAUCAGAGAGUACCACAGAGCGGCUUGUACUAUUUAAAAGAGACCCGCAUGACAGAAAAAAUUCUUCUUAAACAAAAAAGCUGUGACGUAGAACAUACGUAUCAAGAAAUAGUCUUGGUUACCUAUGUCUGAGAUUUUUGAACUUAACAACCGGAUUCUCAAUCAAUAAAUUGUUUAUCACUGUUUUAAUAAUAUUAAUCUAUGGCAUGUUUGUUUAUUACAUUUUAGUUUAACAUUAUAUACUUCAACUUUAUAUAUCAGUGUCGUGUGUAGACCUGAUUAUCAUUCAAUAAAUUGUUUAUUACCAUUUUAUUAAAAUUAAUACAGCUUAGUUUACAUUAUAUAAUCUUAUGUAUACUGAUAAUCAGUGACUUAUGUAGACUGGAUUAUCAAUCAAUAAAUUGUUUAUUACUUUGA